GCAAAGCCGCUCGGCACACCGACACCACACACACACCACCGCCUUUGAGCCCAAUCGAGCACUCUUCCCCGCCCCCGUGCAGCAUAUCCACUUCAGCACUACCACCAACAACAACAUGGCACCAUCAGCCACCUCGCCCGUCAAGCCGGCGGCAGACUUCUCAGACGCUGGCUUCCUCUCCAAGACGAAGAUCGUCAACUCUGUUCCUGCCGCUUCUUCAUCAUCCACUGCUGCUCCCAUCGACAUAUCGGCAGAUGCUACCCCUGCUCAAGUCGCGGCUGCUCGCAUCGAAGCCAUGGGUGACCCUUCAGAAGUGUACGGCAAGUUUGUCGGCGACGUCAACUUGGCCGAGGACGAGGAGCCGCUGCUGGUAGAAAGCACGCGUCGCUUCGUCCUCUUUCCCAUCCGCUUCCACGAGAUUUGGCAAUACUACAAGAAGGCAGAGGCAUCUUUUUGGACCGCGGAAGAGAUCGAUCUCAGCAAGGACCUGCAUGAUUGGGACAACAAGCUCAACGACAAUGAGAGGCACUUUGUCUCUCACGUGCUCGCCUUUUUCGCGGCUUCGGACGGCAUCGUGAAUGAGAACUUGGUCGAGCGAUUCUCUCAAGAGGUGCAAGCUGCAGAGGCCAGAUGCUUUUACGGUUUCCAGAUCAUGAUGGAGAACAUUCACUCGGAGACUUACUCUCUGCUCAUCGACACUUAUAUCCGCGAACCAGAGCAGAGAGAGUUCUUGUUUGAUGCCGUCGAGACGAUUCCCGUGGUCAAGCAAAAGGCCGACUGGGCACUCAGGUGGAUUUCCGACAGACGAUCUUCCUUCUCCGAGAGGCUGAUUGCCUUUGCCGCCGUCGAGGGCAUCUUCUUCUCCGGAUCUUUUGCUUCCAUCUUCUGGCUCAAGAAGAGGGGUCUGAUGCCGGGACUGAGCUUCUCCAAUGAGCUCAUCUCCCGAGACGAAGGUCUUCACACCGACUUUGCGUGCCUGCUCUUCUCCCACCUCAAGAAGCGUGCCCAUCCAGACACGGUCAAGCGCAUCAUCACCGAAGCUGUCGAGAUCGAAAAGGCGUUCCUGACCGACGCACUGCCCGUCUCUUUGAUUGGCAUGAACGCCAACUUGAUGUGCCAAUACAUCGAGUACGUCGCUGACCAUUUGCUCGUGAAGCUCGGCAACGAAAAGUUCUACAAUGCCACCAAUCCCUUUGACUGGAUGGAGAACAUCAGUCUUCAAGGCAAGACCAACUUCUUCGAGAAGAAGGUGGCAGAGUACUCCAAGGCUGGUGUCGGCAGAAAGGAGGGCGAAGAGGAGGGAGAUGGCACGCAAAAGAACGUCCACACAUUCUCCAUGGAGGAAGAUUUCUGA